CCCUCAGCACAUGAUUCCCCCAUCCCAGCUGUCGCAGGACCUGUGGGCCGGUAAUAGAGGGAUGGGAAGCUGAGACAGUUUAUUUUCAUUCUUCUGUUCUGGGGACUUGGCUAGUUAGCUGAAGCUGCUGCUGCUUUUUACUGGAUCUGCUCUUUACUCGGCAGGUUUAUUUGUUUUCAUGUGCACGGGGUGUUUCGAUUAAAUAGACUUUGGACUAGAGCUGAAUGGAUGCUUUGCAAUCCGAAAGGUUUUUGGGGGUAACAAAAAACUACUAAAAACAGAGAAGAACUGGUACUGCAGGAAACCUGGGGCCUGUUUUCCAAGCCUUUUUAUUUUAUUGAGCAAGAUGAUGUGUGAGGUGAUGCCAACCAUCAGUGAGGCAGAGAUUCCCUCUGGGGGAAAUGGAGGCCAUGGUUCAGGUUCCCCGUUACAGUCAGAUGCUGAUUCCCAUUUUGAGCAAUUAAUGGUAUCCAUGUUGGAAGAAAGGGAUCGCCUUCUGGAAACACUAAGAGAAACUCAGGAGACGCUAGCAUUGACCCAGGGCAAGCUACAUGAAGUUGGUCAUGAGAGAGAUUCCUUGCAGAGACAGCUCAAUACUGCACUUCCACAGGAGUUUGCAGCGCUUACGAAAGAGCUAAAUGUAUGCAGGGAGCAGCUGCUUGAAAGGGAAGAAGAAAUCGCUGAACUGAAAGCAGAAAGAAAUAAUACCAGGCUAUUACUGGAACAUUUGGAGUGUCUUGUCUCCAGGCAUGAGCGAUCUCUCAGAAUGACUGUUGUGAAGAGACAAGCUCAGUCUCCAGCAGGAGUUUCUAGUGAAGUAGAAGUUCUCAAAGCACUAAAAUCUUUAUUUGAACACCAUAAAGCCCUUGAUGAAAAGGUAAGGGAGAGGUUACGAGUAGCACUUGAAAGAUGUAGCUUAUUGGAAGAAGAACUAGGUACUACGCAUAAAGAGUUAAUGAUUCUGAAAGAGCAAAAUAAUCAGAAGAAAACAAUUCCAGAUGGGAUGCUGGAUAUAAAUCACGAACAGGAAAAUACACCAACUACAAACGGGAAGCGAUCCUCUGAUGGUUCUUUAUGCCAUGAUGAAAACCUUGCUAAAGUGAUUGAACUCCAAGACAUCAUAGAUAAGCAAAACAAAGAGCAGACACAAAUGAAAGAACGUCUUACUGCUUUGUCUAGCAGAGUAACAGAGCUGGAAGAAGAUCUUGACACAGCUAGAAAAGACUUAAUAAAAUCUGAAGAAAUGAAUACAAAGUUACAGAGAGAUGUACGAGAGACUAUGGCCCAAAAGGAAGACAUGGAAGAGAGAAUUACAACUCUUGAGAAACGCUACCUCGCUGCACAACGUGAAGCUACAUCUGUGCAUGACCUCAAUGAUAAACUUGAAAAUGAAAUUGCCACUAAAGACUCCAUGCAUCGACAGAGUGAAGACAAGAAUAGGCAAUUGCAAGAACGACUGGAACUAGCUGAGCAAAAGCUGCAGCAGACUUUGAGAAAAGCUGAAACUUUGCCGGAGGUGGAGGCUGAGCUGGCACAGAGAGUUGCAGCACUUUCAAAGUCUGACCUUUUGUCUCCUGGGAGCUCUGCUGCUAAAGAUGCUAAAGUAUUGGAACUUACCACCAAGCUUAGGAAGGCUGAGGAGAGACAUGGCAAUAUAGAGGAACGACUGAGGCAGAUGGAAGCACAGCUAGAAGAAAAGAAUCAAGAACUGCAAAGGGCUAGACAGAGAGAGAAGAUGAAUGAAGAGCAUAAUAAACGUUUGUCAGAAACUGUUGAUAAGCUUCUGUCGGAAUCUAAUGAAAGGCUUCAGCUUCAUCUCAAGGAAAGGAUGGCUGCCUUGGAAGAUAAGAAUUCACUUCUUCGAGAAAUUGAAAAUGCAAAAAAACAAAUAGAGGAACUUCAGCAUGAAAAGGAUCAACUUGUAUUAAAUGUUGAAGCAUUAAGGGCUGAAAAUGACCAAGUGAGGCUCAGAGCCACAUCACUUCAUCAUAGCCGACCAGAGUUCAGGUACCCUAUGACAUCUUCGUCUGUGGUUGACAGUCAUACAGACUCCUAUGGCACCUCAUCAGUGUUAAGGCGUCCCCAGAAAGGACGCUUGGCAGCGCUCAGAGAUGAGCCUUCAAAGGUUCAAACUCUAAACGAGCAGGACUGGGAGCGAGCCCAGCAAGCAAGUGUAUUGGCAAAUGUGGCACAAGCAUUUGAAAGCGAUGUUGAUGUGUCUGAUGUUGAGGAUGAUAGGGAAACUAUCUUCAGUUCAGUUGAUCUGCUAUCACCAAGUGGUCAGGCUGAUGCUCAGACUUUGGCCAUGAUGCUUCAAGAACAGUUGGAUGCAAUCAACAAAGAGAUUAGACUUAUACAAGAAGAAAAGGAAAACACAGAGCAGCGUGCAGAGGAGAUUGAAAGCAGAGUGGGUAGUGGAAGUUUGGAUGCCCAUGGCCGAUUCCGGUCCAUGAGCUCCAUUCCUCCUCCCUAUGCAAGUGGUUCACUUGCUGGUUCUUCCCCGCCUGGCAGUGGCCGCUCCACCCCAAGGCGGAUUCCACAUAGUCCAGCUCGGGAAGUGGACAGACUAGGUAUCAUGACACUGUCUCCAGCUUCUAGAGACGAGGUACGAGAUGAUAAAACCACAAUAAAAUGUGAGACAUCACCACCUUCUUCACCUCGAUCUUUGCGUUUGGACAGAGUCCAAAAAGGAGCUUUGCAUACAGUGAGCCAUGAAGAUAUCAGGGACAUAAGAAACUCAACAGGCUCGCAAGAUGGGCAAACAAGUAAUCCUAGUAGCAGCAAUAGUAGCCAAGAUUCCCUUCAUAAAGCCCCCAAAAAGAAGGGGAUCAAAUCCUCUAUUGGCCGCUUGUUUGGCAAGAAAGAAAAGGGACGACCUGGACAAACAGGCAAGGAAACGUUAGGACAAGUUGGCAUGGCAGAAGCAGAUAGUUCGUCUCAGGAUGCAUUAGGUCUCAGCAAACUUGGAGGUCAGGCAGAAAAAAACAGGAAAAUGCAGAAAAAGCAUGAGCUGCUUGAGGAAGCCAGAAGACAAGGUUUACCUUUUGCACAGUGGGAUGGGCCUACUGUGGUUGUGUGGCUGGAGCUGUGGGUUGGGAUGCCAGCCUGGUAUGUGGCUGCUUGCCGAGCAAAUGUGAAAAGCGGUGCUAUCAUGUCAGCUUUGUCUGAUACAGAAAUACAGCGUGAAAUUGGCAUUAGUAAUCCUCUGCACAGACUGAAGCUGAGGCUGGCCAUUCAAGAAAUCAUGUCACUAACAAGUCCAUCUGCCCCUCCCACCUCAAGGACGACCACGGGAAAUGUCUGGGUAACACAUGAAGAAAUGGAAAAUCUUACAGCCACCCAACAAACGACGUUAGCAUAUGGUGAUAUGAACCAUGAGUGGAUUGGCAAUGAAUGGCUCCCUAGUCUGGGGCUCCCUCAAUAUCGCAGCUAUUUCAUGGAAUGUCUUGUUGAUGCUCGAAUGCUGGAUCAUUUAACUAAAAAAGAUCUGCGUGGGCAACUUAAAAUGGUGGACAGCUUUCACAGAAACAGUUUUCAGUGUGGAAUUAUGUGCCUACGAAGACUGAAUUAUGAUCGAAAAGAACUUGAAAGAAAAAGGGAAGAAAGCCAGGAUGAAAUUAAGGAUGUCCUUGUCUGGAGCAACGAAAGAAUGAUCCAUUGGGUAGUGUCCAUUGGUCUUAAAGAAUACGCAAAUAACCUUAUAGAGAGCGGAGUUCAUGGUGCACUUGUGGCCUUAGAUGAAUCAUUUGAUUACAAUGCAUUAGCUCUCUUAUUACAAAUACCCACUCAAAACACACAGGCUCGUGCUGUUCUGGAGAGGGAAUUUAAUAACCUUCUUGCUAUGGGCACUGACAGAAGACUUGAUGAAGAUGAUGAUAAGAGUUUUAGGAGAGCACCUUCAUGGAGAAAGAAGUUUAGACCAAAGGACAUAAGAGGUUUAGCUGCUGGAUCAGCAGAGACUCUUCCUGCAAAUUUCAGAGUUACGACCUCAAUGUCUUCACCCUCUAUGCAGCCAAAGAAGAUGCAGAUUGAUGUUUACCCACACUAUUUCUACCGGUGAUAUGCAGCAUUUUGAACAUUUGGAACCCUUAACCUGUUAAUACUUGUUAAAUGGACACUUUGAGAUAUUUUAUUACAGAGUUUUUAAUUAGCAAAUAAAUUCAUGAGUACUAUAGAGAAAAUAUUUUAGAAUCUAAAUGUUUCUUAUAUUUAUGUGACUUCUCAUUUAUAUAGUUACUUACUUUUUCUGUUUCUAUCCAGUCUACAAAUCAAAUCAUUGCUGAUUUUUUUUAUUCUAAUUUUAGUCUUUCCAACUGAAUGUACUGUAAUGCUUGUAUGUAUAUGUCCCUAUAAGUAAUAUAGGGUUUUUGUAAAUUAUGCAGUUACUGUAAUUAUCAUUGUUUUUUAAUAAUGAAACUGAAGGUGAAAAGGAUUUUAAUACCUUUGUAAAAGUAUCGUGACACCAAGCAGUAUAUAUUUUGUCUUUUGGAAAUGUUAGCUUAGAUCUGAAAACAACUCCAGCUUUUUUUCAGGUGAGCAUAUGUUGUUGUAGAAGGUAUGGUACACGAUCGUUCUUCUUUUCAGAACUGUACCUUUCCACAAAAAGGAUUUGUCAAGUAGUGGGAAUUUGUCUUUAUUUAAAAUAUAACUCGUUUUAAAAGCUGGGAGGAACUAUAACACUACGGAACACGUUUUAGAAGUGGUUGACUCGGUCAUAACACUCUCUGCUGUAUUUGUAUAGCGUAUCUUCACAGUGACUGAAAAUAAGCCAUAAACCAAGAACUGUUUUUAUUUUUUUUUUUCCUUAAUUGAGGAAGAUAGACUUCAUAAUAAUUCCUGGUCGUAAUCCACAGGCCACAGAGAGUUUUUGUCCUAGAUCUUUUUGACUGAAAACACUUGUGGAAAGAUGCUGGUGAAACUAGUUUUAACGGACCAAUCAUGAAGCACUGCAGUCUCAUGUCAAAUGCGUAGUGAAAGAUGAAGGUACAAUGGGCUAAAGCAGUGCAACUUCUAAUAAAGGCCUUACUUUGCUUAUGUAAGUCAUCUUUUGUGUUUUGUAAACUUGUUCUAAAGAGCUGUCUGGACUUCAGUUUUGGCGGUUGUAGCCAUUUUGGACUGUAUGAGUAGAAAAUGUAUCCGACACUUGUAAAUGGCAUAUUAAAAAGCCAGCGAGACUCUGUUCAGAUGGUGCAUUAUUUAUUAUGCAACAAUAUAUAUAGCAUGUCUUUUUUCUUAUUUUGUUUUCCACUUUUAACUUGCUUGUAAAACUGAAAUUCAUUGUUACUGUUCUGUUUUUCUAUUAAUCUUUUGUGUAUUUUCAGAUUAUGUAACAAUAUGUACAGUCUACUUUUGAACUAUUUUUAUCACAGUAUUAUUUAUUGCUUUCUUUCAAUAAAGUACUGAUGCAUUUUCCACUGCCAAUAAAACACUAUUGAAAAGCUAAGAUCUAAUUGUAUGCAGGCAGAUACUUUUGCGGUGAGUGGAUGUUGUCAAUAAAGCAUCUUAAUGAUUGUUUGCUGCCCUGUAGAUCUUGUUUCAAAUGAUGACUUUGCUCCAGUAGAAAAAUGUUCCGUUAUAUGUGACGUUUUCUCUGGAAUUGUUCAAGUUCACGUGUGUUAAUCAGUUUUUGAAAACCAGUUUUCAGAAGAAAACUGCUUUAUUGCCUACUUCUACUAGUAGUUAGAGCUAUGACUUACUUUUAAAAAAGGAACAAAAGCUAUCACACAACUUCAGUGUAUUCUGGUCCACGUGACGAAGAUUCAAGUGCUGUUCUAUAUAGCAGCAACAAUUGCUUUGUUAAUAAAAUGAGAUUAUGACCACGGUGAUACUUGGGGAGAAACAUAGCAGUCGAGGGAACUGAUACAAAAUUGGGUCGCAAUAGGGCUGUUUAUGUCAAUUUUAAUAUAUUUGUAAACCAUUUCUUGUGUAGAAGAGAAGACAGAAGGAUAAACUUGCAGAAUAAUCGAAGCAGUAGUGAAGCGUAUUUCAUCAUGUCCUCUAGAUCAACAGCAGGAUGUGGAAUGCAUGGAAUGGAGAAAUAUUGUGAUUGAUGCUUUAAACAUUGUUCAGUAAUGCAUCUCUGUUUGUCUAGCUUGUCUAUAUGAGUUGCUAUCUGAUCAUUUGCAGUCUCUUUUAUAUUUUCAGAGAAUCUAUCUUUCUAGAAAAAAGCUAAAAUGAAACUGCAGAAGGAGAUCCUGACUCACUGUUCAGCUAAACUUCACUGUUUAGAAGAAAAUUGCAUAGACGUUUCUGGUCACUGAUGUGAUAGUAGGUGUUCAAAGUCAUGUAUUGUUGCUUCUCAAAAGUGAAAACAAUGCGCAAUAGGCUUGUAAAAUGUGAAAAGAAAAUACGUUUAUUAUUUUAAGGCUGUAAAACCUUAACUGUUAUGGAAUAAUGGAAUUGA